AUCAGCUCAUUGCCCAGAGCAGUUUCGGCCACUCAUCCGUCCACGUCAGCGACCCGGCAGAUACAGCCAGAGCUGACAGCCCAGCAACCCGUAGUGCUUCGUUAGCCGUGCGACCCAUAGUAGUGUUAGCUAGCUGUGCGACCAACCCAGUCGUUUGGCUUUAGGACCCGUUGACUCAUCGCUGCUCAGAGCCUACUAUCUGAGCGCAGCUUCCUCGGGAAGUGUCCGAAAUCCAUCUUUUGAUGGACCUGACCUCACCAGUCCUCAGUUCGAGCGUUUGCUGGCAUCCGUACCGACCUACGGAUGUGCAGCGUUCUACUAGACAAAGGAUCACUGUAUACUCAGUACAGUGGAAGAGCGGGCUCUGAAUUGCUUAUUUGUAGGAUAUAAUUGCUUGAAGCACUGUUCACUGGUCGUGAAUUUUCCUGACCGGCCUGGCAGACCGUCCUUGGAUAUUUCUGACCGGCCUCAGUCACCGCUCGGCUCGGAUCAUCUCGUUAGAUAUUCCUGAUAUUCCGUUCAUUUCUCGAGCCCGGAUCGCCAUGAAGGGUAGGUACCCUGUAUCUCCGAACGACUGCUCUUCAAGAUUGAAUUGCAGCCGCACACGUGGCUCCCGUGCCAAGAUGCCUUCCAGGAUCAGGCAGGAAGUCCCAUCGUUCUUACAUGUGCUCCUUUCUUUUUGCGGAAAUGGGGGCAGCAUCGUCAGAAUGACGAUGGGUUGUGGAGUCCAGGAGGCUUGCGAUGAGCACCCUUCACCCUCCACCUCUCCACCAUUCACCUUCACCCUUCACUCCCGGGACGCCCAGCUUUCGUUUCCGAGGGUGCUCGCUCUUUCCCUUUUCAGAAUCGCCAAGCAUGCCCAACGCUGCCAUGCCUCACGCGGCGUACCAGGUUAUCCGAGGAAGGAUGCGCAGGCGCCAAAGCUCACUGAAAAAACUGCUGCGUCGUUCGCUUCGUGAUGAUCCCCAUGCGUUUAUCAGGCUACGAGACAAAGAUAAUAACUCCGACUCAUUCCUCCAGAGGUACUCCCGUCUGCCGAUGCUUCUGCUCGCCUCUUGGAACCGACUAUAGGGGUCGGUAAUAGUGCCCGCUCGCGCCCAGGCAGACCGGAGAUUAUUUUCCUGUCUAUAAAACCCGUUGUAGACUACCAUGGAAAAUGCAGCGGACGCCCUGCCUUUCUGCGACAGCCCAUGCAUGGCUGAGAGCUCUUUAAACUGUUCCGAGUCACUUUUAAGGGAGCUCCAGCAGAUACUAGCCGCAGUCCUGGAGUCCGAGAUCAAUGCUGGCUCGGACGAUGCCAGGGACCUGACAGCUUGGAUCAUGGAUUCUGUGACUGAUGGGAUCUUGGAGUGUGAUGAUCAUCCACCUGGUUCGGGUUCCAUCAUGCAGAGCGACGGCCCAGGUACUAUCAUGCAGAGCAACGGCCCAGGUACUAUCAUGCAGGGCGACGGCCCCGGUAGUACUACCAUGCAGAGACAUCGCCCCGGUACUAUCAUGCAAUGCACUGAGUCGCUGCAGUCGGGAAAUGACGCUUCUGCAACGACAACUGCGAAUGCGCUGCGGAUGGCAGCUUGGAAGCAUGCCAUGACGUCAGCUUGCAGUGGCUCCGUACCAAUGGUAGUGGAACCAUCUGGGAAUGACGCCAGCAUGAUGCUGGAAUCUUUUGAGGCGCCUCAGAGGCAAUGGCCACAGAUGGUGUAUGGAUCCGCGUUGACUGUCCAAGGCGUGGCAGGAAUCGCUGCAGGAGCAACGGUGUUGGUACCUGACGUCAGCAGCACGAUGGUGAAUGAUUGCUUGCUGGCUGGACAAGGCGUGACACCGGUGCCAGCAGGCGCAGCUGCCUUGGCACCAGUGUCAGCAGGCGCUGCCUUGGCACCGGUGUCAGCAGGUGCAGCUGCCUUGGCACCGGACCUAAGGACGAUGCUGGAUGAGCUUUGGUCGGCGAACCAGGGCUUAGCACCAACGGCAGUAGGUGCAACAGCGUUGGCACCUGGGGCAACAGCGUUGGCACCUGGGGCAACAGCGUUGGCACCUGGGGCAACAGCGUCGACACCUGGGGCAACAGCGUUGGCACCUGGGGCAACGGCACUGGCACCUGACCUCAGCGUGAUGCUGGAUGAGCUGUGGCUGGCUAACCAGAGCUUAGCACCAGCAGCGGCAGCUGCGGUGUUGGCACCCCCUGGGUCUGAUGGCGGUUUUGCAGCCAAUCCAGCGUUUGAGCGGAGUCACGAGAUAGCAGCGGCUGUGCUUGCACUUGAGGGCGAUGGUGGUAACCUUUGUGUGAUCCAGCAGAACCGAUUGACUACUACCAUGGCUGUCACUGAUGCAACACCAGAGAUGGCACCAGAGAUGACACCAGAGAUGACACCAAAGAUGUCACCAGAGAUGACAACAGGAGCGGCCGAAGGGGGAGCACCAGGGGCAGCACGAGCAACACAAGUGGCACAGGCUGCAACAAAAAUGGCACCACAAGCGGCAGCACAUUCAGCACACUCAACGCACGCAGCCCCGAUAGCCCCUCUGAGUGGCUCAACCCGGAUGGUCCCAACGGCCCCACCCAGCAGCACACGGCUCCGUGUUGAACGGCCGCCUAUUCACCGCCGGAGCGCCAAGGAAAAGAUGAGACGACACAGGGUCAGUGAGGGAUUCAAUCGGUUGGAAAAGGCUAUCCCGUUAUCAUGGAUGCGCCAGAAGUACCCAGGAAGCCUGGUUACACGACCUGACAUUGCUUCGCUGUUGCAAGCUGCGGUUGCCUUCAUAGAGGAGCUGGAGGACCACAAGGCCCAACUAUCACAGGCGUACAUACAACGUGCAGCAGCAUGUUACUGUUAAGCUUGGUACCAUAUCCACCCGGAUAGGCACCCCCCCCGGGUCCUUUAUGUGCCUUAUUCAGCUAAUGGGGCUUAUGCGCCUUAUUUGGUUAGUAGCCCCUCCCCCUUUGAAGAGCACUUUGUCGUUUAAGCCCCUCAAAGUGUAGAAGAGUAAUAUAAUUUAUACGGAAAUAUAACGUCUUUUGCCUA